CCUAGAGCCCCGCCAGUUACCUGUGGAAGUCCAAAGUGUAUGUAUCAAAGAAGUUGCUAGUGGACUUCUUGAAAGAACUCCAUCUAUUCAACAUUUAAGGUGUGCAGAGUGAUCCACAUACAUACUGAUAACUAAGGAAACGCCAAGAAAAAGGGAUUCAAAUCCCAAGGAAAUACGAAUUAAUAUUUGUGCAUCGAAGUAAAUACGGCCUGGACUUCACAAGUUUUUGGGACGCUUCUGUCAGAAGUUGGUGUGGCUGGGAGUCCCCAUUUACUGAAGUCAACACCACCACGACCUUGUCCAAACCCUGCCAGUACCUACCCCUGGUGACGGUGUGGUGGCGGGGGAGGAGCCUGAUUGUGGGGUACACUGUAGAGACGCUGGCUGAGGUGACAUCGUAAACAAGUCUCGCCUUACCCACAGCACACCCAGGCUUCACGUUUAUCCGAGAGACCCACACAAUAGUGUUUCGUGGGCGUGGCAUGAUGGGCGGCGUGUGGACGAGCGUGACCGUUUUGGUCUUGCUGACGUGGGCAAGUGUGGGCGUCAGGGGUCACGGCAGAUUGGUAGAGCCGCCCGGUAGAUCAACGGCCUGGAGGUAUGGUUUCAGCACGCCUCAUAACUAUAACGACCAUGAGAUUUACUGUGGUGGGUUUGCGGUACAGUGGCAGAAGAACGGCGGAAAGUGCGGCCCCUGCGGUGACCCCUGGCACAUGCCACAGCCGCGGGACAACGAAGGUGGCGGCAAGUAUGGUCGAGGAGUAAUAGUUAGGAAGUAUAAGCAUAGUAGUACAGUUCAGUUGGGUAUUGAACUUACUGCCAACCACAGAGGCUUCUUUGAAUUCCGUCUCUGCCCUCACAAUCGACCUUCUAUACCAGUAACAAACGAGUGCCUUGACAAAUAUGUCCUUCAGAAAGCUGAUGGUUCAGGUCCAAGGUACUUCCCGGAACCUGGUACCAAGAUAUUCUAUGCCAAGUAUCGCCUCCCUCGAGGACUGACGUGUACUCAGUGUGUACUACAAUGGCGUUACGUAGCUGGCAACAAUUGGGGGCGCUGUGAAAAUGGUACAGGUAUGGUAGGUUGUGGGCCCCAAGAACAGUUUCGCUCCUGUGCUGAUAUUACGAUAACUGAGGAAGAUGGAUCUGCAGAUGACACUCCCAGUAUUGUGCCUGACUACAUUGAUUAUAAUGAAGUGGAUGUGGAUCCCACUCUUGAUCCUGAGGAGCACGUUAAUCAUAUUGGACAUAUUGUGGCACUCACUCUGUCCUUCUUGCUUAUACUUCUUGUACUGUUUGGCCUUGUUGCAUACUUUUACUGGGCACGUGAUGCAUUCAAGGGUUUUAUGAAACGUCAGGCUGGACAGUGGUCUAAGGCUACUGCUCCAGAACCUCUAACAAAACAAAAAAAUUCCAUAAUAUCAAUUUCUGGCCCUAUUGGUGCUCCACCACCUGUUCCACCACGUCGCCACAGGUCUCUGUCUGGAGGGGAUCCUGCUGUAGCACCUGAUCCACGAGAAAUUAGGUCCAUCAGCUCUCCAACCAGGGUUACCAUCAAUGGCAUUGCUGUGAACUCUGAUAGUGCAAGUAGUGGUGCUUCACAUGCUCACCUGCAUGUACCUGAUGAUUAAAUCAUUUGUAUAUAAAUGUAUUUUGUCAUACAUGUCUUGUGGUGUACCAUUUUUUUAUACUGUACUUAAUAGUGACUGUAUUUUCUACUUUAUGUUAGUUCUUAGGUUUAAAUGAGACAAAAUAUAAACAUAUAAAAAAUUCAGGGAGACAAAUGGGAGUAUAGAACUCAAGGCUAUCUGAAAAUUUUGCAAUGUUAUUUAUUACAUGUUUUUUAUACAAGUGUAUGGAUGACAUUAAUGGCAUUUUGAAAUGUAAAAUGCAGCGGAUUCAAAUAUGUACAGUAAUUAGAGCCAAUUGCAAGAUCAGCCGUGGUGUACACCAUGCUGUGGCAUCCCAGCGGUUGCAAUACAAUGGAGUAAAAAUAGUGUGACUUUUCAAGAUGGGCCAUGGUGGUACCCGACCGUCGUUUGUUGUUACUAUGUCAUCGUAGUGUAGUCAGGUGUACCAACUGGCGAAAGACUUGGGGGUUG